CUUUCAGAAUAUUGCCCCUUCCAAUGAGGGAGGGCGUUGUUCCCAACAUCGUAAUUCUAUCAAGAAUACCAUAAAUACUACUUAAUAUAUUAUUUGAGUAAAUAGAUGGAGAAUCGUACACAAGAUACCAGUUCAAAAUGGGGCUAGCCAAAAGCAAGAAAAAGUGGCAGGAAGAUGGCCAGAUUGACAAACGAGACAAAGUGUUGAUGUUUCUGGCGCUGGCGGGGUUGUCGUGUAUGUCACUGUUUCUCAACCUGGACUAUGAUGUGAUGCAGGAAAGUCUUCGGAGAGCGCGAGAUUUAACCCGUUCGACAAACGGGAGUCUUGAAGUAAAAUCCGAGCGUCUUGAAGAGCGUCGUGAAGAUGUUUAUGACUCCUUCUCCUGGCCUGUGAAUGAGACAGCCAUCAACGAACUUAAGCAACUGACUAAGAUGCUUGAUCCCGGGAGGCUGCAUCAGCGAGAAAUAAGGGGCACGGUACGUGAGCAGCCCUUCGUAUGCAGGACAAAGAGUGAGGACAACUGUCUGCUCCAGGGGUAUGACCAGAUUCUACACUACAACACCUGCGCCAUCUUGGGCAGCGGCGGCAUCCUAACCGGCAGCCUUUGCGGCGAUGAAAUUGACUCGCACGAUUUUGUCCUCCGCUUCAACCUCGCUCCUAUAGACGGUUACCAGAAAGACGUCGGCUCCAAAACCACCCUGACCAGCCUGAACAACGCAAUCAUGUUCAACGUCAACAUACACCCCGAGUUGAACCCCUUCGCCCAUUCCUUGCGGCUUUCGAACCGUACUAUGUUUCUUGCUCCCAAGGGCAGGUUCACUAGAGUCUUCAAGCGUUUUUACGAGGCAGUCCGUACCAACCGCGUAGUCGUCAACCUGAAAUAUUUUGGAGAAAGCACGCACGUAAAUGGACUUUUGGGUAUGUUGGAUACGGUUUCCGAGCACGUGAACAGUCCACUGAGAGGCGAGCCUACAAUCGGCCUCAUGACGAUCCUGAUGUCCACACACUUCUGCCGGCGGAUCAACCUGUACGGCUUCUGGCCUUUCGACACGGACGCCAACAACCGGACCGUGCCCUACCACUACUACACCAUCCCGCACUUCGAGCCCAGGUAUGGGAGAGAGGAACCGCACAAGAAGGGGGAACAACACGACUUCGACCAAGAGUUCGCGUUCUACCAGGAACUACAGAGACGUGGUGUUCUACAUAUCAUGAACAGGGCGUGCAAGACGGAAUAGGGACGUAGAAACACAGAUGAAAGUCAAGUUGGCUUUGAAAAGAAACGUAAACGAUCUUUUUUGGAUGGGGGGAGUGAGGUACAUGGCAAACAAAGUAUUUGAUGCGUGAACAUUUCUACUAUUAUAAGGUAUGUUAAGCAGUAACGAGAAGAUAAAGCUUUCAGCUUAAGACAGAGCAACCCAACUGCUUCUAGAUCUUCAGAUAGAAAAGAAUGCGAUACUAGUAACUCACAAUAUGACACAAUUUACGUUUUCUUUGCGUUGCCAUCCCUCAAGGUUUUUGUUCCACCAUCUUGUUUGUAACAUAUAGAUUGACGAGAUCUAGCUCGUAUGGAAAAAGGUUUAUGUUAUGGUACAAACAAAAAUUUCUUAGUUCAAGUAAUUAUAAAUUUCAAGUUUCAAGUCCCAUGAAGAAAGUGUCUAGACGAAUUACACUCUGCAUGACCAAGGAAGUUAUGUAUGUCACUUGAACUUACGAACAAGCUUAAGACAAUAAAGGCAAUGAUCUAUUCAA